CUCCAUCCCUGUGUCCUCCUGCUGCAGGAUCGGCUCAUGUGACUCGGAUCGGAUCGGAUCGGAUCGGAUCAUGGACUUCAACGUGAAAAAGCUGGCGUGUGACGCUGGAGUUUUCUUCACGCGCGCUGUGCAGUUCACAGAGGAGAAGCUGGGUCAGGCAGAGAAAACUGAACUGGACGCUCAUCUGGAAAACCUGAUUGCUCGAGGAGACUGCACCAAGAACUGGACAGAGAAGAUCUUCAGGCAGACCGAGGUGCUGCUGCAGCCAAACCCGAGUGCCCGCAUUGAAGAGUUCUUCUAUGAGAAACUGGACAGAAAGAUCCCGACAAGAACCACGAAUGGUGAACUGCUGGGUCAGUACAUGCAGGAUGCUGCCAAGGACUUUGGACCUGGAACUGCAUAUGGAAGUACUUUAUACACCGUAGGAGACUAUCAGAAGAGGCUAGGAGGUGCUGAGAGGGAGUUCUUACAAGCAUCGGCUGUCAGCUUCCUCACUCCUCUCCGGAAUUUUCUAGAGGGUGACUGGAGAACCAUAUCGAAAGAAAGAAGGCUAUUAGAGAACCGCCGCCUUGACUUGGAUGUCUGCAAAGCACGCCUGAAGAAAGCCAAGCUGGCGGAAGCCAAGGCUGCUGCUGCACCUGAUUUUCAGGAGACUAGGCCCCGCAAUUAUGUUCUGUCUGCCAGUGCGUCUGCGCUGUGGAGUGAAGAGGUGGACAAAGCAGAGCAGGAACUGCGUGUGGCUCAGACGGAAUUUGACAGACAAGCUGAAGUAACUCGUCUUCUCUUAGAAGGCAUCAGCAGUACGCAUGUAAAUCACUUACGGUGCCUGCAUGAAUUUGUGGAGGCCCAGGCAGCUUACUAUGCCCAGUGUCACAAGCACAUGCAGGAUCUUCAGAAGGAGCUCAGCAGUGCAAAUGGAGAUACGUUUCCCAAUGCCUUUGCUGCCAACCCCUCGGCAUCAGCGAUUUCCACUUCCUCUACUGUCUCCAGUGCUGCUGCGCCUGGGGUCUCCCCUCCCGCUGCCUCAUCCAGCUCUCUGGACACACUGAAAAUUGAGGAGGUGAAGCCUCCAGCCACUGGAACACGCAAGGCCAAAGUGCUGUAUGACUACGAUGCUGCAGACACAAGCGAACUCUCGCUGCUAGCUGACGAGCUCAUUACAGUCUACACAGUCCCAGGCAUGGAUCCAGACUGGCUCAUCGGAGAGCGUGGGAAUCAGAAAGGCAAGGUGCCCGUCACAUACCUGGAGCUGCUAAGCUAAAUGCUCAAACAUUACAUGCACAGACAGGUAGUUACACAUGUGAAGGUGCAACGGUACUCUUACAGACACAGUUUCAAAGUAAUUCCUGCUGUUGUCCGGAUUUUUGGGGGUAAAAUUAGUUUGUGGAAAAUUUGCAUGAGCAAAACUAUUCAGACCUGAACACUCUGGGACUUGAUGAAAUAUUUUGUAUUAGCUAGAUUCAGCUCAUUCAUUCCUACCCCCUAAAUUUGUAAAGGCCUAAGAAGUCAGUUUACUCUGAGGAAUUUCAAGAGGAUAUGUUUAAAGAUAUCAGCUUCCAAGUUACUGCAAAAAUAUAGCUAUAGAAUGUAAAUAUGACGCAGAAACAUCUUACUUCUGGCCUGCUUCACAUGACAUCUGUGUCUUUGCACAUAUCUCUGAUGCACAUCAGAGAUCUUCCUUUCACAUUAUUAUUAUUAUUGUUAUUAUUAUUAUUACGUCACUGUAAUAAUAUUUUGUGUUUCAAAAACUGAAAGAAAAAAAAUUGAUUUGCAAAUUGAGGAUCAGAGUGCACUAAAUACCAACAGAGUUCGAAAACUGACCAGGAAUACUACUGUAGAAAUGGGAAAGGUAAUAGAGAAAAAGUUAUCAGAUUUUCUAAUUGUCUUGUCUUAUCUUUUAAAUUAAUUUACCAACUAUCUUGCUUUUCAUUACCUGUUAAAGUUAAGUCAGAUAAAAAAUAAGAGACAUAUUACUGAGAGAUGAUAAUAUUUGGAUAUGUUAUACAGUACUAAUAUAGAGGUUCAUCCUUCAUGUCAGUUCAUCAUAAAUAUUUAUGAAAUGAACGAAACACUAUGGCGCGUGCUCUAAAAUGAAAAUUACAUGAAAUGUGACUCUGAAGCUGAUUAUUUUUCCUCUAAUGGCAUGCCCGGAGUAUACCUCUAAUACCACUGCAGUUUGCCAACAAUUAAAAUUCUUCCUUAUUCAAGCAUGACGUGUUCUACUUCUGAUCAGUGUAUAGCUUGCCUUUUAAGUUCACAAAACACGCUAGAUCAGAUGUAAACAGUCAUUUCCCCUCUUUUACUUGAAGUGAAGAUGUUAAUAAAGUGCAGCUUGUUACCGAGAAAUGACAGUGUAACGUCCUUCACUUUACCAGCUUACCUCUGUCAAUUACAAAGCACUGACACUGGAGACUCCUUCCAUAAAUAUUAAAUAAACAUCUUCCUGUUUUGUUUGUUAUAUAUCUUUCUUUUUUUCCCUUUAAAAAUCUGUUAAUAAUUAAAUUAUGGGGAGUCUGGAAUCAGUGAAUGAAUUUUUGUGACUAAUCAGAAUUGAGAAAUCAACAGUGCUAUGUUUUUAAUAUUUCUUCCACUGUAGAGAAACGGGUCACUGGGCAUUGUUUUGCAUUUUCUCCAUUGUUUUGUUUGAGUAGUUAGGUGUACGUACUCUAUUGAAGGGUGAAUCAUCAAGGAAAGUAAACAGUUGAAAGUGCUUUUUCAAUUUCUGUUUUCAUACACACCCUUUUGUAUUAUCUUGUGGGGGUUUUUGACCCAUUUCCAAUUGCUUUUGGCAAAACACAUGACCCAUAUAACUACAUUUCCAGGUUGUUUCAUACUAAACUGGAGAAAUCCCACUGGUGACCGUAUUUGGUGUGAGUGUAAGCAUAAUCUGUUUAGAGAAAAAUUGUCAAUUGUAUGAUGUCUAAAGGCUAACUCUCUUCUAAUUUGAUGUCCAAUUUAAAUAUUCUUUUUAAAUAUUCUGCCUUUGUAGCCUUAAAAAGCAUCUGGAUUAUGAACUAUUCACUUGUCCUAAAUAACAUUUUGUGUGUGUUUGUUUUUUUUUUUAAAUAAAUUAUUUCUAUCUGCAUCUCUUUCAACUAGAAAAAGCUAUUUAAACACCACUAACAAUAGCUUAUUUACAUUAUGUGAUAAAAUUGGUAAUGUUUGUGUGUUUGUGUGUUUUUAUUUCAUUGCCUGAAACUAUGUUGUUUUACAGUGGCAGAAAAUCUGGUUUAGACCCUGGCUAUCUGAAGUGUCUUCGUUUGAAUUCGGUGUGACUGUGUAACUUUGGCAAGAUAUGCAUUAUGUGUGGUUUGUGGGACUAAAGUUUGUAAAUGUUUCUCACAAUGGGUCCAGUUCUAUUUAAUGUAAUGCUUCAUUUGUUUUCAAGUUACUUCGCUGUGAACACCAUUACUCUCCCAUUUUAGUCUUUCUUUCUUCAUCUGUGUACUUGAUGCUUGUUUAAAAAAAAAUUAAGCAAUGCAUACUGAAUGACUGAAACUUGAACAUAAUAAAGAGAGCUUUAUUGAAA